ACCGGAAGUAGCUUGGGAAUGAGUUUCCGCUUCCGGCUUGCUGCCUGUUUCGUUUGAGAAAGAGGAACCUCUGCCUUUCUUCUCGCAUGGCCGCCUCGGUGGACUUUAAAACCUACGUGGACCAGGCCUGCAAAGCAGCGGAAGAGUUCGCCAAUAUUUACUAUGAAACCAUGGACAAAAGGAGGCGGGUGUUGACCCGGCUCUACACAGAUGAUGCAGCGCUUGUCUGGAAUGGAAAUGCCAUGUCGGGGCAGGAGGCCCUUUCCAAGUUCUUUGAGAUGCUGCCUUCCAGCGAGUUCCAGGUGACGACCUUCGACUGCCAGCCUGUCCAUGAGCAAGCUACGCAGAACCAGACCACGGUCCUCGUCGUGACUUGUGGCAGCGUCAAAUUUGACGGGAACAAGAUGCAGUACUUCAACCAGAACUUCUUGCUGACGGCGCAAACCACAAACAACAACACAGUGUGGAAGAUCAUGAGCGACUGUUUCCGCUUCCAGGAUUGGCCCAGUUAACGGGCAACAAGGAGGCGAAGCGUCCUCUGCAGACAAGAUGAAAGUCUUUUUGAAAUGGUGGCUCACCCUCUGUAUGAACCAUUUUCCCUUCUGCGUCCUCUUUGGGAGCAAAAUAGACAAUUGCAAGAUGAAACCCAACUUGCUACCAAAAAGACUUCGGUGCCUUCACGGUCAGGGUAGACUACAUCAGAAGGGAAAGCCUUUCCUGAUUUUUUUAUAGUGAUGAAUUAUUUAGGAAGCAGUGGAUUCAGGCCCCUAAAGCUCUUCAUAUUCUGUUUGGCACACGUUGGCUGUGCUCUCCUUAAAGGUUUUGCAUGGUUAACCCAUUUCCUUUGCCUCCGAGAAACAUUAAAAGGUCUCUGACAGAGGUUUGC